UCCUGUAAUCACCACCAGCACAUUCCUGUGAAGUUAUUCUCCUAAUUCACAAUGGCUGAUGUUGGGGAGGUGAUCUACACAGCACUGGAAGUAUUCAUUGCUGUUGCUUGUUGUCUGGGCAAUGUGCUGGUCAUCUGGGCAGUGUGGGUAUCUGGAGCCCUCAGACAGCCCACCUUCUGUUUCAUUGCGUCCCUCGCAGUGGCUGAUUUCCUGGUGGGGGCUCUGGCUGUCCCCCUGGCUGUGCUGGUGGACGGAUGGGUCGAGAUGUCUUUCCAGGGCUGCCUUUUCAUCAGCUGUGUGGUCAUCGUGCUCACCCAGGCCUCGGUGUAUUCGCUACUGGCUAUUGCUGUGGACCGAUAUCUGCGCGUUUACAUCCCUCUCAAGUACAAAGGACUAGCCAAACGGACACACUCUUGGGCCAUAGUGGCAGUAUGUUGGAUGAUCGCUUCUGUGUUGGGCUUCAUUCCUAUGUUUGGAUGGAACAACUAUAACCAUUUACAACCUUCUAACUCCACCACCAUUGUUUGCCAGUUCCUGACCGUCAUACCAAUGUCCUACUUGGUCAACUUCAUCUUCCUCAGCUGCCUUCUUCCUCCCAUGAUUAUCAUGACUGUUCUGUAUGGCUUCAUCUUCUGCACAAUAUCUCAGCAGCUGAGAGGAGGGGUUAUCAGGGCCUCCAAGUCUGGCGCAUACUAUGUUAAAGAGAAGAAGCUGGCCAGUUCCCUGGCUCUUGUUCUGGCUCUGUUUGCAGCCUGCUGGCUGCCCAUACACAUCAUGAACACCAUGGAGUUUUACAACCAGAGCAGCCUUGUCCCUCAUAUCGCUUUCUAUGUGGGCAUUCUGCUCUCGCAUGCCAACUCAGCGGUGAAUCCUGUAGUGUAUGCUUUCAAGAUACCCAAGAUAAAGAGAGCAUACAAAAUGGCAUGGAGGAAGUUUCUCCCAUGUCGGAGAGAACAGCAAACCGAUCAGAUGGCAGAAAACUACGCAAGCAGCAUCACAUACAGCACUGCUAAAUCUGCGGCAGGUCUUACAUAAGCUGCACGUUCUACAUAACUGCUUAGAGCUUCUCACUUUGAUUAGAACUGAACACAAUAUUGGGCUAAAUGUUCUCUUAAUGUAGAAGUAAUGUGAAAAUAUCUUUCUGCUACCGCCUUGCCAAUUUUGACUUUAAUUCGACAGCAGGAUGGUGAUCACCGCCAGGAGUUAACAGCAUGCAAAUUUCUCAGUAUAGUUUCCUAUUUUUCAUUCUAGCAUGACAGUGUAUGAGAAGUUUCAUUUUCCUGUUUGUUUAACCAAGGCAUUUAGAGUUCUGCAGUCCUUUAAACAGUGAGCCACAGACAAAUCGAGAACAUUGUUCACCCAUUGCAUGUAUUUUAAAGGCUGCGGUUUUUUCCAGGCAUAAGCCAAGUUUGUCUUAUCAAAGUCUAUUCCUCUUUCAUUCCUUUACACCUUCAUUGUCCGUUCUAUCUGCUCCACUGCUUGCAUUGAAUUCACUGACUUUGCUCUGAUUUGCUAGACUUUUUAGUAAAUGUUAUGAGGUUAAUUGCUACGAUUGCACCCACUCUUAUUUUGGAUGAGCUGUUCACAACCAGAUGGAUCCGCGAACAAAGUUUACUUUGUAGCAAACAUAUAUAGGGUGCCUUAUAUAAUUUUGCUCAAACACUUUUGAAAUUAUUAAGCAAAAACCACUGGACUAUUUGAACUAGUCAGCAAAAUGACCCAAAAUGUUAGCCCAACAGUGUAGAUAAAGCAGCACGUAGAAUGACAUGGUAUCUGAGCAUUAUAUUUGUUUUGUUUGUGCAUUUUGAAAAUUAAAAAAAAAAAAAUCUUUUUAUCUAACAUACAGUUUUUGUUAUUUGAUUUCUUUAUACAUGUACAUGCACAUGGCUAGGUACUUUGAUUUUUUUUAUGUAUUUUGUUUCUCAUACAUAAAUAAAGCUCACUGUAUUGUUA